AUGCCUGCCAACGGGGGAUCUGGCCUGCAAACGGCUGGUCAAACCGCCAUGUCGUACCACUCUGACUAUAAAUCCCGCUGCUCGUGCCCGCGUGUCCAGCUUUCAGAAGAGCCAGAAACCAUUCCUCCUGCAGAGUAUGAUGAUGACAGGGGUGCCUCCAUACAGAAGCAACACAGAGCCAGCAUAACAGGAAAGAAGAUGACCGGACGCCCCAACGUCACCCACUCUUCUUCUUCUGCCUCACUUGCCCGCCAGGCUUCAGGUUUGAAUCUCAACGAGCAGACUCCUACCCAAGACUGCUAUUUUGAUAGCCAACCUCUAGAUCCUCGUAGGGUUUUGGCUCAGGUAGCAGAGUGGCUGCACAAGGAGAAAUUCAAGCGGCACAAGGCCAAGAUGCAGCAAUACGGUGCAAAGAGCUCCCUGGAUCCAGUUGUUGCUGACGGCGACAAUGCCGACGCUCUUCAAGAAAACCCUGACGACGGCCCUGACCUCGACCUCUCUCUGGACAAGUUGGAAACCAUCAUGGCUGGCUACCUCAAGUCGACAACCUCGGGUUUGACCAAGUCCGCCUCUCGUUCGCCUCUCGCUGCCCCCAAAUCACCUUUACUGUCCGUGAGCAGAAAGGGGUCUCUCGCAAGCAAACUGAAGCGCAAUUCGGUCAACUUGUCCUCCGAUACCGAAUUCUUUGGCGAAGAGGUUCUUGUACCAAACGUUGAGGCUCUUCUCGACAACUCCAAAACCCUAUCCUAUUCCGGUGGCGCUGGAGACGCCGAUCAGGCCAGUCGCAAGGAGAAGAGAAACUGGGUCACAUUCAAGGAGGACAUCCUGCGCCUCACUCACACACUCAAGCUCAAAGGAUGGCGCCGCGUUCCCAUGGACCGGGCAGGAGGGCUCGAGGUCAGUCGUCUCUCUGGUGCCUUGACAAAUGCCGUCUACGUUGUGAAGCCCCCAAAACCCAAGCCAGAAGAUGCUCAGCCCGGGUCUGUCAAGCCUCCUCGUCCCAAAUAUCUCCUUCUACGCAUCUACGGACCCCAGGUCGAGCACCUCAUCGAUCGCGACAACGAGCUGCAAAUCCUCAGACGCUUGUGUCAGAAAAAUAUCGGUCCUCGCCUUCUGGGUACAUUCUCCAAUGGCCGCUUCGAGGAAUAUCUCCACGCUACAACCCUGACAGCUGAAGAUCUUCGCGUCCCGGAGACCAGCAAACAGAUCGCCAAGCGCAUGCGCGAAUUACACGAAGGUAUCGAGCUCCUACCGUCAGAGAUCAAAGCCGGACCUUUUAUUUUCAACACCUGGGACAAGUGGGAGGAACGCUGCGAAAAAGUCAUCACCUGGCUUGAUCGCCAAGUCGAAAUAUCUCUACAUCCUAAACCAGACGUACCAGCCCCGCCCAGAAAGUACACUCGUUACGGCCUUAUUUGUGGCGUGCCUUGGGGACUCUUCAAGAAAACCUACCACAGCUACCGCGAACGCCUUAUCCAUGAGAUCGGCGGCAAUGCUGCCCUGCGCAGGAAGCUAGUAUUCGCUCACAAUGACACGCAGUAUGGUAACCUGAUGCGUCUCACACCAUCUGGCGAAUCACCUCUGCUCAAACCUAGCAACCAUCACAAGCAGAUCGUGGUGAUCGAUUUUGAAUACUCUGGCCAGAAUACCGCCGGACUGGAGUUCGCGAAUCAUUUUACAGAGUGGUGCUACAACUACCACCAUCCUGAAGUGCCGUGGGCAUGCCAUGCACAACAAUAUCCCACAGAGGACGAGCAAAGGCGUUUCAUCAGAAGCUACGUUAUGCACCGCCCUCAGUUCAAUCCCGAUGCCAGCAGCACUCCAAGAGCCAUGGAAGGAAGGGAGAAGACCAACAUUCCGGACUUUAUGCUUGACGCGCGUGCCGUACCGGGCCAGACGACAGAUUACGACGCCGAGGAAAGCGCAAGAGAGAAGAAACAAGACGAGGACAUUCAGAGGCUGAUGCACGAGACAAAGUUGUGGCGUUUGGCAAAUUCGGCGCAGUGGGUUGCGUGGGGAAUCGUGCAAGCGCAGAUCCCAGAAUUGGACGAGCCGAGCAAACGAGACAGGAUGAAAGGCAUGCUGGACAGGGUGGUGGAAGGUGUGCAGAGCCACAUGCCGAAUCGUCACGUCGUGGCCGAGAGCGAUCCCUUGAGCGAGGAGGAUAAGCAGCACCAAGCAGAUGCCGAGAAGGACCGACCCGACGGACGGCUACAGGAGGAGGCGCACCACGAAGGGAGCGGGAAGGAUGGGAGCGGGCAUACAAGCGGUGGUGAAGAGGAGACGGAAGAGUUCGAUUAUUUGGCGUAUGCGCAGGAUCGCGCCAUGUUCUUCUGGGGCGAUGCGCUGCAAAUGGACUUGGUUAAGAAGGAGGAGCUUCCGGAGGAGUUACUGACGAGGAUCCAGACGGUUAGGUACUGA